AUGAGGUUCCGCACUCAAGUGGCCGAUGUCUCGAUCUUCACGCGGGUGGUGCAGUCGAUAGGCAAGGUGGCUAACAAGUGCAUCCUCAAGCUGACACCAGACAAGAUCCAUAUCAUCUGUCUCGGUGACACGGACGGCACACAGAUAUGGUCUCAGAUGCAAGUGGACUCGAUCUUUACAGAUUACCGCAUCGAGUCCAACUUCCAGAACCACAUCAACCUCGAGGUCUCGCCGGAUACCUUGCUCAAAGCGCUUCGAUCUGCCAACAAUGCAUACAGCGUCAUCCUACGUCUAGCCAAGAGGAACAAGGAUCCGCUGCUCAGCUUCUCGAUCUCGGCGCAAAGCCACACAGGGGCCAAGCUUGAAGUAGUGCAGGACGUGCUGAUCAAAGUGCUCAAGCCGGCAGAGAUGAGCAGAAUCGUCGAGCCACUCUGCCCUGAGCCUGACGUGCACAUCAUCUUGCCCAAGCUGCUUCACUUGCGCACUGUAGCGGAUCACAUGCGGUCACUCUCAGAUGUGGUCACCCUCUCAGCGAAUCGCCGCGGUGAGCUGCGGCUCUCGGUUGUCGAAGACGAAGUGAGCUUGGACACUACUUGGUCGCAUCUCGCUCACCCAACCAUCGAUGCAUCACAGCCGAGCACAGCGCAGAACCAGCAGAGCAAUCCCGACGAACACAAGAGCGUCAAUCUUGAGAUGAAAUCGUUCCUCAAGUUCCUAUCGAGCUACAUUGUUGCCACCACCACGAUCGCAUGUAUCUGCGCAAACCAUUGCGCCAUCUUUUACGUUUACAUUGGAGACGUCGACAAGAGUAGCGGUGUCAUGACGUUCUUCCUACCUGGCGUUGUUAGAGAAGACUGA